UCCUCCUUUCUACCAGAACCAUAUUUAAGAUAUUCCACCUUUCUUUAACUUUGCUUCUUUUUUCAUCGCAAGCAGCUUUCUUUUUUCUCUCAUCCGUUACGCCAUGGGAUCAAAAAAUGGGUGCGGCUGUUGCAGCUGCCUAUGCGGGUGCCUAUUCAGUUGCCUUCUCAGCCUUAUUUUCCAGAUCUUGUUCACGUUGCUCAUCAUCCUCGCCCUCGCCGGGUUCAUCUUCUGGCUCAUCUUCCGCCCCAAUGAGGUCAAGUUCCACGUGACUGACGCCUCGCUCACCCAGUUCAAUUUCUCCACUGGGGACAACAACCUUCACUACAACCUGGCCCUCAACGUCUCCGUCAGGAACCCCAACAAGAGGAUCGGUAUUUAUUACGACCGCAUUGAGGCCAACGCCUACUACCAAGGCCAGCGCUUCGACACCGAGACUUUGACGCCGUUUUACCAGGGACACAAGAAUACGACCGUUCUCAGCCCGGUGUUUCAAGGCCAGCGAUUGCUUACGCUCGGCAGCGGCGAUGUCUCCAAGUUCGAUUCUGAAAAGACUGAUGGGACUUUCGGUGUCUCUUUGAGGCUAAAUCUUCGGAUUAGAGCCAAGCUGGGUUGGAUCAAAAUUGGGCACUUCAAGCCCAAGAUCAAGUGUGGCUUGAAGGUUCCUCUCAAGUCUAAUGGGACAUUAUCAGCUGCUGCUUUUGAGACGACGAAAUGCGACUUCGAUCUCUGAUCGUCUUUGCAGCAGAUCUUGUUUCUUUGAUCGCGCGAGGCGUCAUUUAUUUCAUAUUUCCCCUGUUACUCUUGUCAUUCUUUCAUUGUUUUGUUUUUUCCCAGCGUUCUUAUCUAGCAGUCGGUAAUAAUAGUUUGUUUUGAUGAUAUUGUAGAUUUCAUUUUCCUUUGUUUUUAUUUUAAUUUCGUAUAUAAAUAAGCCAUCGAGUUUUUGUGGUUGUUAA